CCCCCCAACCCAACCCCCAAAGAAUCCAUUUUUCCCAAAUUAAGCAAUUAACUACCCAAAAGCCCAAAAAUUAGUGGCUAAAUAGCCACUGAUUUUCUAUAAAGUUUUAAUCUUGUUGAGUUUACAUGAAAUUGGCUUUGUGGGUGUGUGUUUAAAACUUAUGGGGAAGAGAAAGAGAAGAGCUGAUCUCAAUAAAACUCAUUCUCUUACUGACCAGCUGCCUCCACCUGGGAUGGAUGCAUUGUCGAGACAGACCUCUCAUCAAGUUGAUGUCUAUGCAACAAAGUCUUUCUCAUCAAUUAUGGAUAUCAUAGAUGAUUCUUCAAAGGCAACACAAUGCCAACAACCAUCUAUUGUUCACCGUCGAAAUAUUGACCAGGCAAUGUGUUCAAAGAAUCCUCAUCACUACUAUGGGCUCCAUUAUACUCGACGGAGGUCUGCUAAUAAUGCUGAGGCAUCAACUUCCCGUGGUGGGACGACUCCUCUUUAUGAUGAGCUGAUGUCUGCAAAGCCAGCUAUUAAAUGCAACUCGGAUUCUGGACAUGACACAGAGAGUAAACAGAGUGAACUUCACAAACCAGAAAGUGUUGGCGUUGCGCCCAGUUUACUGGCAACGAAUGCAACAUCUUCCAAUGUCACCAAGCUCUUUUGCGGAUUAUGUCAGAAGCCUUUGAGAAAGAAACGCUAUAUGCUCGAUAGCAACAUACCUUCCUGUGAGCCCUCUGUUGUGGCAGUUUUAGUUUGUGGUCAUCUUUACCAUGCUGAUUGUUUGGAGGAAAGAACACAUCAUGACAAUGUAACAGAUCCUCCCUGCCCGAUCUGUCGUGGCAUCAAUUGAGUAGGUUUGCUUUUGUACCUGAAUGUAGAUAACCUCAGGUGCAGAUUCAGGAUUUGAAAGGCUCCGAGUAGACAUAUAUACAUAUGUCUUAAAAUCUCGAUACAAUGUAACUAACUAUAUGUUAUGUUUAUAUAUAGUUCGAGUCAAAGGCAGUGGGUGCGCGUUUAAUCGUUUGGAUACCAGAUGUAUUGAGAGGGAAAUGUAGCUUACAAGAUGCAUCAACAAUCAGUUAGCUUUCUGUAUAAACUUUUCAGUGUUUUCUUUGAAAAUAUUUGUAAUGCAUUAGUCUAACUCUAAUAGAAUUUAUAUAAGACAUUAGUCUAUGACAAAUUGAUG